AGUUCUGAAUCGAGCAUCACUAUGCAGCCUUUCACUUUCCUGAUGGCCAUCUUGGCGGUUUCUCUACUCAUGCUGUUCAGCACUCCGGCAACUGAGGGAACUUUCAUUAUUAUCGCCUGCAUGUUGCGGUCACCAAUAUGCCCAUGGAUUACAACGGCGACCACCAAGAAAAGUGCUAGUGGUAGUUCUAGUGGAAGUUCCAGUGGAAGUUCUGGUGGAAGUUCUAGUGGAAGUGAUGGUGGAAGUUCUAGUGGAAGUGAUGGUGGAAAGUAAUCAAAAUUUAACAAAAUUAAAAAUAUUUUAGUUGCAUCAAAUUAUACCAUUUCUUUCGGUG